UACUGUAACUGGAUUGACAAUUGUUUACAACUUAUCAACUUAUUCAUUAAACAAUAACUCAUUAAAAAUGACAGCAUUUGAAGAAAUGGGAGUGUUGUCUGAAAUAGCAAAAGCAACUGAAGAUUUAGAAUGGACAUUACCAACUGAUGUACAAGCUGAAGCAAUACCUUUAAUUCUUGGUGGUGGUGAUGUAUUGAUGGCAGCUGAAACUGGUAGUGGUAAAACUGGAGCAUUUUGUCUUCCAAUACUUCAAAUUGUUUGGGAAACAUUGAAAGACAUUGAAAGUGGAAAAGGAUUAAAUUCAUCAUCACAACCAAGUAGUAAUAAAAGUUUAUUAUCAUCACCAUGGGGUCUGAGUCUUUUUGACAGAGGUAGAUCAAUGGCUGUGACACCUGAUGGUUUAAGAUGUCAAAGUCGUGAGCAACGUGAAUGGCAUGGUUGUCGUGCUAAUAAAGGUAUUCAAGGUCCUGGUAAAUAUUAUUAUGAAGCAACUGUAACAGAUGAAGGUUUAUGCAGAGUUGGAUGGUCAACAUCACAAGCAAAUCUUGAUCUUGGUACUGAUAAAUAUAGUUUUGGUUUUGGUGGUACUGGUAAAAAAUCAAAUGCCAAAAAAUUUGAUGAUUAUGGUACGUCAUUUGGUAUUCAUGAUGUUAUUGGUUGUCUAAUUGAUCUUGAUAAUAGUGAAAUUAGUUUUACCAAAAAUGGUAUUAAUCUUGGUCGUGCAUUUGAUUUAAAUCAACAACAAAAAUCACAAGUGUAUUAUCCAGCAGUUGUAUUAAAAAAUGCUGAAAUGUCAUUUAAUUUUGGUGAUGAAAAAUUUAAAUAUACACCACAUGUUGGUUAUAUUGGUGUUACAUCAGCUCCAGAUAAUUCAAUAAAAUUAAAUCCAAUAAAUAGUAAUAGUAAAAUUGAAAAAUGUGGUGAUUUAAAACCAGCACCAAAUGCACCACAAGCAAUAAUCAUUGAACCAUCAAGAGAAUUAGCUGAACAAACAUAUAAUCAAAUUGAAAAAUUUCGUACAUAUAUUAAAGAUCCAAUAGUUAAACAAUUACUUGUUAUUGGUGGUGUCAGUGCAAAAGAACAAAUAUCAUCAUUAAAUAUUGGUGUUGAUAUUGUCGUUGGUACACCUGGUCGUCUUGAAGAUUUAAUACAAGGUGGUUAUUUAUCAUUAACACAUUGUCGUUUUUUUGUACUUGAUGAAGCUGAUGGUUUAUUAAAACAAGGCUAUACUGAUCUUAUUGAUCGUAUACAUAAAGAAAUACCAAAAAUAACAGCUGAUUAUAAAAGAUUACAAAUGAUUGUUUGUUCAGCAACAUUACAUGAUUUUGAUGUUAAAAAAAUGGCAAAUAAAUUAAUGCAUUUUCCAACUUGGGUUGAUUUAAAAGGUGAAGAUGCUGUACCAGAUACUGUACAUCAUGUUGUUGCAAUAAUUGAUCCACAAAUUGAUAAAUCAUGGCAUAAUUUAAGAGAGCAUAUUGAAACUGAUGGUGUACAUAAAAAUGAUAAUAUUAGACCUGGUAAUAAUACACUUGAAACACUAUCAGAAGCUGUUAAAAUAUUAAAAGGUGAAUAUUGUAUACGUGCUAUUAGAGAAAAUAAAAUGGAUAGAGCAAUAAUAUUUUGUCGUACUAAAAAUGAUUGUGAUAAUCUUGAAAAUUAUUUAAAAUACAUUGAUAAAAAUGAAUUUUCAUGUGUUGGUUUACAUGCUGAUAAAAAACCACAUGAACGUAAAUUAAAUUUAGAAAAAUUUAAAAAUAAACAAGUUAAAUUUAUUAUUUGUACUGAUGUUGCUGCAAGAGGUAUUGAUGUUACUGGUUUACCAUUUAUGAUUAAUAUGACAUUACCAGAUGAAAAAUCAAAUUAUGUACAUCGUAUUGGUAGAGUUGGACGUGCUGAUAGAAUGGGUCUUGCAAUAUCAUUAGUCAGUAGUGUACCAGAAAAAGUAUGGUAUCAUGGACAGUGGUGUUCAUCACGUGGAAGAAAUUGUAAUAAUACUAAUUUAACAAGUCAAGGUGGUUGUUGUAUUUGGUACAAAGAAAAACAAACUUGUUUAGCUGAUAUUGAGGAACAUCUUAAUAUAACUAUUCAACAAAUUGAAUCAAAUAUGAAAGUACCAGCUAAUGAAUUUGAUGGUAAAGUUGUGUAUGGUCAAAAAAAAAUAACAACUGAAUGUGAUUAUAAAAAUCAUGUACAACAAUUAGCACCAGUUGUUGCUGAUUUAGCUGAACUUGAAUCAAAAGCUCAAUUAUCAUAUCUUCAAAGACAUCAAAUUAUUUCUCACUGAAUUUAUUUGAUCAUCAGCAGCAUUUUUUAUAAAUCAAAUUUCAAACAUGUAAUCUUUGUAUUCUUUGUAUUUUCAUUCAUAACGUAGCAUUUAAUUGGUUUAUUAUGUCAUUUACAAUAAUUAUUAUAUUAUCAACGCCAAAAAAAAAAAUAAAAUAAAGUAAUGUAUCAUAAUAAUAAAAUUAUUUUUUAAUUAUUUGAAUCAUCAUAAUAAAUUUAAGAAAUUAAA